AUGUUCUUCCAAAGCGCCCACGCAGAGACAGACACGGAGGCUUUGCUCCAAUUUAUCCGCCAAAAUCCUCUCGGAGUCUUGAUCACUGGCCUAAACUCCUCCCAGCAAGACUUUUUACAGUGCACCCAUGCUCCAUUCGUACUCGACCUUCCUGGGGAAAAUGGCAAGACCGACGCUCAUCUCCGCGCCCACAUCGCCAAGCAGAAUCCACAAGUCAAGGCGAUGAUGGAGGCGGUGAAUGACAACCCGCCGAACGUUCUUGAACUCGAUAAGGACGUUCUGGUGCUAUUCAAUGGCAAGCACGAUCACUAUGUGACUCCCAAAUUCUACACCGAAACAAAACCCACUACCGGGAAAGUCGUGCCCACGUGGAACUACUCUGCUGUCCAGGCAUAUGGCAAGAUGUCGCUGUACUAUGAUUCCAAAACACCGGAGACCGGCGCAUUCCUUGCCAAGCAGUUGCAUGAUCUUUCGCAACACACGGAGCAGUCAAUUAUGGGGUAUACUGGUGGCGAGAAACCGAAGGCGUGGGAAGUGGCUGAUGCGCCGAAGGAGUACACUGAUCUCCUGAAGAAGAACAUUGUUGGAAUUGAGAUUCGCAUUACCAAGCUUCAAGGGAAGUUCAAGAUGAGCCAGGAGAUGCGUCCUGGGGAUCGUGAGGGCGUGGUGGAGGGUUUCGCGAAGCUAGGAAGUGAGACCGGCACUGCGAUUUCGGAAUUGGUGAAAGAGCGAGCUGAGUUGCAUGAGGCGAAGAAGGCCUCCAAGAAAGAAUAG